AUGGAUGCGCAGAAUGCUGCAGAGUCCGCCGCUACGAAGCUUCCUGCUUCCACUUCCGCCUCUCCUAGGCCAGGCAAUGCUACCGAGCCGGAUCAGGCCACCAAGCCUCCGUCCUCUCCGCCCACCUUGAACAAGUCACCGCCAGUCCCAGCGUCAGCGUCGGCCUCGACCCCGCCGCCUCCACCACCAACGCCAUCAGCUCAGGAAUCAAAGGACCCAAAGGAACCAAAGGAACCCAAAGAACCCAAGGAGCCUAAACAGUCCAAAGAAACCGACAGUCCCAAGGAGUCUAGCGAUUCCAAGGCCAGUGUAACCGCCGCCGUCCCGCAGCAUGAUGAUGAGGCUGGCGCCGAGAACAACUCCGAGGCUGAGACAAUUGUUCUUCCGGGCAAAGACGGUUCUCCCAUCAAGAGCCGCAAGGUGAUCAAGCGCGAAGAUGCUAGCGACGGCGAGGAACGAACUAGUGUCAUCGACAUUUCCCCAGCGAAACGCAAGCCCUCCGGCGGCAAGAACGAUGGCCAUGGCACCAAACAAGGCAGUGGCGGUGGCAACGGCCUCUCGACGGACGAUGCAAAGCGGAAGCGACUGCUUGAUCACCCACGGAGUAAGGACUCGAGUGGCUUGAGCUCGGCACCAGCGUCUCCUCUGCAGCGCUCCCGCCAACAAUCGAGUGACAUCCGCCAAGAGUCCGAGGGCGAUUCCGUCCACGCAAGGUCGACUAAAGUCAUCCCCAAGGAAAAAGAGCCUAGAGACAGGGACAGGGACGUCUCGAGAGCCAAGUCAUCAGAGAAAGCAGCUGCGCACAAGAGGAAGGCCCCCAAAGCAGAGUCUGACGACGAGGCCGAUAACGAAAGCCACAAGAAUCGCCGACGGAGGACUUCUGCCUCAAUCGACGCGUCCUCCACUCCACGACCUCAGUACAAGGACCGCGAUCACCAGAAGUCAAAAUUCAACCAUGACAGCAUUUCGUCGUUGCGGCAACGGUCGACUUCCCCACACCCUCGAACCCACCGACGAAGUGCAUCCACCCAAAUCGUUUCGCAGUCAUCCAGCGGGCUCAGCCAAAAGAAAAGACGUAUUCCUCCCCCUCUUACCACCGACUAUCACUCAGACGAAUCUUCUGCAAGUGGAAGCCCUCACAUUCGGAGUUCGACAAUGCGCGGCCUGACAACACCAGCGACUGCUGACUCCAAUAUGUCAUCGGCCAAAAACCCCGCUCACAAAAAACACGUAGACGCGCACGGCCAAACGCAACUCGCCAAGGCAUGCUCUCGCGGCGAAUACGACAACGUCAAGCGGAGGCUCCACGAGCGCCCACAGGACCUGGAUUUCCCCGAUUACGCAGGCAAUACCCCACUUCAGAUUGCAGCCAUCAAUGGGUACGACGACAUUGUGAAGCUUCUUGUUGAUGCGGGUUGUGAUAUCGAUUGCGUAAAUCACGACAAGGAUACCCCUCUUCUGGACGCCGUAGACAACGGCCAUCUCGAUGUCAUCAAAGUCUUACUCGAAGCUGGUGUCAAUCCGCGCAAAGCCAACGUCAAUGGCGAGGAACCACUUGACCGAGUAGAUGAUGAGCUCGAGAAUUGCGAGGAGAUUCGUGCAGCGCUGAUGGAGGCCAGAAAAAAGCAGGGAGACCGUCGGCGAACCUCGGAAGAGCAACAAGACCAACAGGACAACCGAUCGCACGGCCCAGAUAGCCCGCGGCGUUCGCCCGCCCUGGCUGACGCUGCCGCAGGUACCAGGAGGGCGGCCAGCUCGCGCUCCCAUAAGCUCAGCAAUCAUCUGCUGUACAUGCACAUGGAUGACAAGACCCUGCGGUCAGCGGCUGGUCGCGGCGACUUGGAAACCGUGGAGCGUAUCCUUCAAGUUAGGGACAAUUUCGACGACGCAGAGUCCAUGGUCGCUGCUGCCAGGGGCGGUCAUGAGACGGUCAUGAAUCUGCUUCUGGCCCUUGGUAAUGCCAACCCAGACCCUUCCCCAGUGGACUCGGAACGCCCAGAAAUAGCAACGCCGAUUUUGGCAGCCAUUGGCCAAGAAAAUAUUAGGGUUAUAAGAUUGCUUCUGGCUCAGUCAAACUUCGACCCAACCAGGAAAUUCCGGGGACAACCCUACUACGAGAUCGCUCAGAAACGGCAAGGUCCAAAUUGGAAGGAAGAAGAGCAUAUCUUGAAAGAUGCUUAUGAUGCUUAUAAGCGUAACCACCGAGAUCCUCAUAAGAAGUCACCGAAUCGGCGGGAGUUGGAGUCUAAACGAAGUGUUCGAGCGGAGUCCAAAGAUGAUCCGGCCAGAAGCUUGAAGCGCAAGGCCACAAGCCCCACACGUGACGGUCAACGCGUCACAGUCGGAAAAGCGCGCACAGCCGACAAGGAAGCCAGAGGCACUAGCUCUGUUGGUCCGAAGAAUGAAGAGCUGACCUCGCCUAAGCGUGGACCUGGGAGGCCUAGGAAAGACGACCGCGGACUGCCCACCAUCGCGAUCUCAGACGGCGAGAACUCCCCUGCCAGCAAGUCAACGUCAAGCAAACAGAAGCGCCCAGAUAUGGACACUGCCUCGUUCUCGUCCGAGGGCGAAUCCAAGCCGCGAAAGAGACUCAUGUCGGGUAGGGAUUUGAAGGAACAGCGGGAGAAGAAUCGACGCCAUAGCAUGGUGUCCAACACUUCGUCUCUUCGUGAGCCUUCGAGUCCCCGUGACAAUCGCACUGACGAUCCACAUGAGCCCCCGACCGAGAAGUACCACGACCGUGCUAAGGCUCUCAAGAGGGACGAGUCACGGGAUAGGUUAUCCGUCUCCGGAGAGCACUCCAGCAAACGCAGCCGUACUAGUGCCACGCCCGAUCGUGUCUCCGAGAAGGAAGGCGAGCCUGUCAAGCGAAGGCGGCUGGAUGCCGAAAAGAAGGAGCGACUACCAAAACCAAGCUCCUCACCGGACCGCAACCGCAAAUCGACUGCUCCUCGUGAUGGUGCGACUGCGACAAAGCAGGAUGAAAAGUCGUCACGCAAACACGACGCAGACCAAGUUCAGGAGGAAGAGAACAAAGCCCGUGCUGCACGAGAGCAAGAAGAAGAGAGAAAGCGCCGCGCUGAGCUUGAAGCCAGGAAAAAAGAGAAGGAGGCCGAGGAGCGGAAACGUCGCGAGGACGAAGAGCUCAAGCGCCGCCAAGCAGAGAUCAAGCAGCGUGAGGAGGCGGAGAAAGAGAAGAAGCGCCUGGAGGAAGAGGAGCGUAAGCGACGAGAAGAGGAGGCGAGGAAGAAGCGGGAGGAGGCCGAGAGACUGCAGAAGGAGGAAGAUGACCGACGCAAGUUGGAAGAGGAGAGGAAGCGCCUCGAAAAGGAGAAAGAGGAGGAGGAGCGCAAGAAGCGGGAAGAGCAAGAGCGAAUCCGCAAAGAAGAAGAAGCCGCGGAGCAAGCUCGACGCAGACGCGAGGAGGAAGAACGCAAGGAGCAGGAACGUCGCGAACGCCAGCGCAUGCUUAGGGAGGCUGAGCUGCGUAAGCGCGAGGAGCUGGAGAAGGCUCGUCUUGAGAAGCUUCCCGCGUUCCUGCGCUGGCUUGAUCGUGGUGUCAACAUCAGGAGCCCAGAGACAGCCAAGAGAUUCCGGAUCCUGACAGGUGUCCGGUUCGACAGCAUCCGGCCUGAGACCGCCGGCACUGACGAGGGACGUGAGCUGUGGAUAUUGAAUACGCAAGCCGCUCUGCUCUUGGGCGAGAAUGAUCUCCAGCUUACACGCUUCUCGGGCUGGGUCCAUAUUCCAGCAUCCGACGCUGCAAAGUACGUCAUACUCGGCAAGGGCAGACCCAGCUGCGGCCUCAUCGACGCGGACGAGUGGGAUUUGGGUAGACAGCUCCCCGGCUACUACUUGGGCAAAGAACCAGCACAAUUGAGCUUCAAGGAAAAGCGACAACUCCAGGAGGAGUCCAAGUUGAAGUUCAUGGAUAUGGACUUGUUCUUUGUCAAGUUGUCUGACCUUCUGUUCUCCGUCCCCAACAUGGCUCAUCUUCGCAACCUGGAGAUCGUGGUCAUGUACGAGGAGAUACCAGAGACGGUGGAACAGUACGAGCGAGGAGAGUACCCGUCUCGGUGGAGAGACGACCCCGACGCAGACCGCUACAUGGGUUUCUGUCCACGACCCAAGUACUACGUCAACGGCCAACUUGUCCGCGAAGGCAAGGUUGAUAUCAACACUGUCAGCAGGACGCCGUGGCCAGAGCAGCGAGUGCCCAGAAGUGGCCUGACGGCGGUCUCGCCCACGAAUCCGAACUACGUGCGACUUGCGAAAGAGCAAGGCCUUAUUCAUCUCUUCUCUGGCCUCAGGACACCUCCCAAUACUACAGUCGCACGUGCGUCUCCCAGUCAACUCUUCUCGCAACGAGCAUUCCAGGGUGCAAACGACGACCUCUCCCCGCCGCAGUCAGAUGCUACGACCUUUGUUAACGGCGAUGGACACCAGCCGCGCUCGUCUACUGGCUCGGCGGGCGAGCAGGAGAAGCCCCUGGUAAAUGGUACUGCUGAACGUCUUCCGGCCAGCGGUGGUGCCAUCGAUCACUGA